AUGGCCGAUUCUGGAGAUGAAACGGAGUGGGAACUUGCUGCCGAGAAGUUUGUAGCGACUGUUGCACCGAAAGAAACUACUCCGUCUCGGGGGAGGCCCUCGAGUCGGGCGACGCGCUCGCCGUUGCGCGAGGCUCCGCCCGAGGCCGCGCCCAACGCGGGAGCCGGCACUGCAGGCCGACCUGGACGCAGUGCGGGCAGCUCGGGGCCCUCGGAACCCACCGCAGACACCACCACAGGCACCACACGCGUCGCUCGAGGUGCCCAACCGAAACCUGCAGGCAAGCCGAGCGGCGUGGGUGGAAACAGAGGGAGCGACGUGGCUGCGGCCCCGUCUCAGGUUAUUCAGGUUUUGCGUUUCAGCAGUGAUGCGUCGCUCACAGCAACCGUUCGGGGGAGUCAAGCAAACCAGCAGGCGCUCUGGGAUCGGGCGCGAUCGGCGUUCGAGUCGGCGCUGCGUCGGAACGCAACACGACUGGAGCUCGAUGCGCUGGCAGCGGCCCUGCAGACUGUAGGCGUCGACAUCUCUCUUGGUCGAAACGCAGGCACACGCGGCGGCGGACCUGCAACGAACGGGCCCACUGACGGCAGCGGUGGACGGCGUUCGGGAGCCGCUGCGGGCGGCACGGCGUCGCGAACUCCGCAGCCAGCGCUCACGCGAGGCCGCAACGCCUGGACCCCCUCGUUUCUGACCAAAACUGCGGAUACGUCCGCUACAGAGGGGGAGAAUCUGGUCAAUUCCUCUCGACGAAAAGCAAAAGCUAUACUGAACAAACUCGUACCGGAGAAGUUCGUCACGCUAGCGCAGCAGAUUCUUGAUAUGCCGCUCCAUCAUUACGACGUACUGGAAGCGGUGAUUUCAGAAAUCUUUGAUAAAGCGCUUGCGGAGCCGUAUUUUUGUGGAGUCUACGCAGAUCUGUGUGAAGUUUUGAACCGCGCGCUUCCGAGCAUCGCGAUCGAGAGUGCUUCGGGGACCAAACAAACCAACUUUCGCAAAAUGCUUCUCGCGCGCUGCCAAGCUGAGUUUGUGCAGCGCGCCCUAGCCUCGGAAGAGCGCGCAACAGACGAGCAGGAACUUGAGGUUUGCGCCCACAACCGACGCCGCACGCUAGGAAAUACAAUUUUCGUGGGUGAGCUCUUCAAGCGGCAUCUGCUGAGCGAAAAAAUCAUUCAUGAGUGUGUACAGAUGCUGCUGAAAGAGGGCGAGAACGAAGAUAGCAUCGAAACGCUUGCCAAGUUGCUCUCCGUCGCCGGCAGCAGCAUGGAUCGCCCUGAGGCUCGGUCCUACAUGGACGCCUACUUUACCAAGAUCGAAGAAAUGGCAAACAACGCACAAAUUCGAGCUCGUUAUCGGUUUAUGCUCAAGGAUUGCGUUGAGCUGCGUAAGCAGAAAUGGAAGCCGCGACGAGCCCAAGAACGGCCAGCGACACUGGAUGAGAUUCACGGGAAAAAGUCCGGCCGUGCCGCUCGGCAAGCGAGUCAGUCGCUGGCACGCAAAGCUGCUCAGCUGCGCUUCACGGGAGCUGAUGCAGAGGCGCCCAAGCCGGAGGCGGAAUCCACAGUUCCAGCAGGGCAAGUGUCCGCGUCUGCCACUGUCCAGGGUCGUGUUGAGAACGCCCGUAACCAGAACGUUGCCGGCGAGACGGUCACGGACGCUGCACACGCCAAGUCGGAGUCGGGACCGGUCCCCGAUCGGACUGUCGUUUGGACCGAAAACCCUGAACUAUUGCGGACGUAUAUUCGUGGUAUCAUUGAAGACUACGUGGUGAAUCCGUAUCCGGCAGAGGUACAGGUGGCGCUCACCGAGUCCGGACUUGCCGCACAGCCUGACCUGCUGGCUUUGGCUGGCGUUCAGGAACUCUUCUCCAUGGUCUGCAGUGCGCGCGGGCAUGAACGGCAGCCGCUUGUUCGAUCCUUUGGAGAUGCCUUCCAGCAUGUACUUUCUAGGGAGAAGCUGCUCGAGGCUCUUGUAUCGAUUACGUCCAAUUUGCUUACCUUCGAAGACGAGCUUGAUAUGCCUACAGCAGGCAAAGUUCUCGGCGAGUUUCUCGGGACGUUAUGCACUAGCCACUGCGCUACGUUCUUACACGACGCUGCUGAUAUUCAUACAGUACUGGCAGCGGUUCCGCCUAAUAGACAGGCAUCCGUGCUGCGUUCCUUCUUGGAAACGCUCUUCCGACAGUAUCCUUCAGAUAUGCGAGAGCGCUUCGGCGCUUCCCUGCGAGCACUACGUCCGCUUUUCGUGUCGCUCCCGCAAACGGAACAGCGCGAACUCGAAGAGCUACUUGCAAAAUAUGAACUGCUUGAGCUCGUUCCCGAAUGGCAGCUCCGACGCCAGCUCCAAUACUAUCUGGAACCUGGAAAGGAGCGUAUCGCAGAUGCAGCAGACUGGUUGCGAAGCUUCCUGCCCAGAGUGCGGGAAACGCUACGCUCCGAGGACGCAACAGCAUCCACUGCAAAGUCCAGUCUGAACGAAUGGUACGCCUUUUGUCGAUUCACUGCGGACCAUAUCCUAUCAACUUAUGUCAUGGAAGCGCAAUCGAGUAGUACGAUGGAUAUCAUGCGGCGACUACGCCUGAUGGUGCCGCUUCUUCGUGAAACAGCCGGAAACAUGCCCGCGACCGAUGAAACCGACGACGACGACGACGACAGUGACCCCGCGGAAGACAAGGAGUGGCGUCAAGCCCAAGUGGCUUUUGCAGUGCAAGCAGGUUGUUAUCGUUUGGACUUUCCCACUGAUCUCAUAAGCGGCAUGUUCCAGGUGCUGUACGACGCGGAUGUGAUCUCAGAGGAGGCAUUCGAUCGCUGGCGGGAAGAUGUACACGAUACGACACCAGGAAAGCUCAAGGCGCUAUUUCAUGUGAAUGCUUUUCUGAAUUGGCUCAAGGAGACUGAUGAAGAACCGGAGAAAUCCGAUGUGUAA